AUGGGAGCUCCAUGCUGGUGGAAUGGGCACUGUGCGACCGCAGUUUUUCUCAAGGAUCCAGCUAUUGUACCAUCUGGAUCAAUGAUAGUUGUGCUCGGUGGCCCCUCAAUCCUGGUUGGGCUUAGUGGUGGAUCCGCCUCUUCUGCAACGUCAAAUGAGGGCUCUGCGGACCUUAGUUUUGCCUCCGUUCAAAGAGACAGCGCCGAAGUACAGCGUCGGGCUCAAGAGGUUAUCAACGCUUGCGCGUCCAUGGCAAAUGAUAACCCAAUCCUGUUCAUACAUGAUGUGGGUGCGGGUGGCUUGAGCAAUGCGAUUCCCGAACUCGUUCAUGACACUAGCAUCGGAGGAAAUUUUGAGCUCCGUGAUAACGACAACGCAGGAUCUAGAAAUCGAGCAGUGGGAGGGCAGGUUGCGAGGGAUCGGCUUGUGGGACCGUGGCAAAUUCCUGUUGCAGAUGUUGGUGUCACAGCUACUUGUUUGCAAAAGGGGAUAAGGACCAGAAAAGCAACAGCAAUAGGAGAAAAGCCGACCCUCGCACUGAUCAAUCCUGGUGCAUCCGCGAGGAUGGAAGUUGCUGAGGCAUUGUGCAAUAUGGCUGCUGCAGACGUCUCGCUACAAAAACUCGCCUAUCCGCUAUCCGCAAACCGGAUGUCGGCCAUCCACCAUCCAGGAGAGGGAGCAGCACUCUAUGAAGCCGUCAAGGCCGUCGUAGCGCUGUGUAAGCAGUUGAGAAUAAGUAUACCGGUGGGGAAAGACUCGACAUCCAUGAAAAUGGGUUGGCGGGAGCAGCAAAGCCAGGAGGCUAGGGAGGUCACGCCUCAGCUGAGAAGACCGGAGGAGAAUGGGAUUGGUGAAACAGUCCUGCUGGUCGUUGACCUUGCAGAAGGACACAAAGCUCUUGGGGGCAGUGCCCUGGCUCAAGCCUUUGGAAAAGUCGGAGAUGAAACGCCUGAUGUACGAAACGUUCAACUUCUGAAAGACUCCUUCUAUGCUAUCGAGGAAGCACACGAUUCAGGGGUAGUCCUAGCAUACCACGGUGCGGGAUCUGACGGUGGGAUUUUCACAGCUAUUGUGGAAAUGAUGUUUGCUGGGAGAUGCGGUGCAAGCCUUCUCUUGGAGAAUUUCUGCCGAAAUGAGACAGCGGACAUCAUUUCCACACUCUUCACGGAGGAGCUUGCGGCAGUCUUCCAAGUCGGAAAGAGAGAUGAGACAAAUUUCAAGCGAUGCUUCGCCAAUUGUGGUCCACCACCUGAGAUGAUCGAGAGGAUUGGCACUGUCACAUCUGAUCAGGAGCUUUCUAUUUACCACAACGCCGACCCAGCCUCGCUUCUUUAUCGCAACCGUCGUUCAGAGCUACAGAAAUUCUGGAGCAGCAUAUCUUAUCACAUGCAGUGCAUACGCAAUAAUUUGGAUUGUGCAGACACAGAAUAUGCAAGGAUCGAAGAUGACUCCGAUCCAGGUCUUUCCUAUAAUAUCACCUUCGACCCUGCAGAACCCUUGCACGGAAAAGGCUUCCUGAAUUCUGCCCCCUUUCUCGCUUCCAAGUUCUCGCAGAGAUUAUCCCUCAAACAAAAGCCACAUGUUGCCAUACUGCGCGAACAGGGUGUCAACGGAGCGAAGGAGAUGGCGUACGCCUUUAUGAACGCCGGUUUCCUAGCCGAGGACGUACAUAUGACAGAUCUCAUUCAUGGCCGCAAGUCUCUCUCUUCCUUUGUGGGGCUUGCAGCGUGUGGAGGGUUUUCGGAUGGCGAUGUCCUAGGUGCUGGGAGAGGUUGCGAGUAUUCUUUCGCUUUUAUCUCUUCUUGUGAUAUGUUGAAAAACCUGAGACGUGUCACGGAAGAGUAUAUGACUCGUUCGAGGGUUUUGAUCACAUCUUCAAAUGCCGCGGAGCAGGCUGCUCAAGAAUGCGCGGAGGUGGGUAGGAUGACAGCUUACAUGGCAGACAAUAUUUGA